UAUUAUUCUAUUACAGAGCCCACCUUCUCCUCCCUAUAUAUAAAAGAAACCAUUCUCCAUAAGCAACACCAAAUCAAAAUCCAACAAAAAAUCUCACAUAUCAAACAGGUUUCAGUUCCAAUCCACAGUUAUAACAAGCAAAAAUGAGUUCAACAGGCAGAGCUUGGGUUGCAGCUGCAAGUAUAGGAGUAGUUGAGGCAUUGAAGGAUCAAGGACUAUGUAGAUGGAACUCUGCACUAAGGUCUAUCCAACAACAUGCAAAGAAUAAUGUCAAGUCUUAUUAUUCCAAUCAGCCUAAAAAUAUGUUCUCUGCUCUUUCUUCUUCUGCUUUGUCUAAAAGAUUGAGAGAUGAGAAGUUGAAACAGUCUGAAGAAUCACUUAGAACUGUUAUGUAUUUGAGUUGUUGGGGUCCUAAUUGAAUCCUUGCGUUACUCUCAAUUUUGUAUUGAAUGUAUUAAUUCUGUAUAUAUGAGAAUUUUUCUUUCUUUAUGUAUA